GAAGGCGUAGGCGGAACGUUGCUUUCGCUUUUGCUUGUUUGUCGCGAUGACGACGUACAGCGUCAAAGUGUCAGCGAAAGAUGAAGCUCGCUGCUGGCAAAACCACCAAAGAAUUUGGUGCUCCAAAUUAAGGCCACUGAAGGUGUAAAUCCAAAGUGGCUACUUUCCUCCAGUCUGUCAAGAUAAACACAGUUUUCAUUCAUUGAUUGCAAAUAGAAAAAAAUAGCCCUUUUUUCUGGACUAACUUAAUUAGAUGUUUAAAAUGCAUAAAAUAUUAAACUCUCUGCUUUUAAAAUGACCCAAACUAUUACCUACAGUAUGUAUACAAGACCAUACGGUGAAAUGGCAGAUGGAUUUCCUACUCUGGUUAACAAAGUGACCGCAUCUCUUAGCAGCGACGAGUCUAGGAUCCUGCUGUACCUUUGCACAGAUUUGUUCAACAACAGUUGUGUGGAAGAAUUAAGAGGACAUUUGCUGGCCUUUGCCCAACAGAACCCCAAUCAAGCAGGUCAACCUCAUUCUGGAAACGCUCUGCUGAUGGAGCUCAUGUUUCAAAUGAAGCGCUAUGAUUUACUACGCAAAGUUUUUGGCACCAGCAAACAACAAGUAGAAGGAAUUCUCAGAAAGGAGCGUGUUAUCUCAGAAUACAGGGUUCUAAUGGCAGAUGUGAGUGAAAACUUGGAUAAAGAGGAUUUACAAUCUCUUAUCUUCCUCCUGAGCAGUAUGCUGCCCAAAGAAAGAUCAACUAGAGCUACUAGCUUUCUAGAUGUGGUGGUGGAAUUGGAGAAAUUAAAUGAAGUAUCUUGUGAGAAGCUGGAUUUUCUUGAAGGUUGUCUUAGUAAGAUUCACAGAAAUGACCUUGUCAAAAAAAUUCAGGCCUACAGGAAUAGAGGUCAGAACAUACCCUGUGCAGCUCCGAAUACCUUUAAGGUCACCCCUAUGCAGUGUCAGUCUUUUGAAAAACCAGUGAGACAAUUACAGUGCUUUAAUCAUGAGUUCAACAAAUUGAAGCUUUCUGUGCCUGAAACAGGUACUCACUUUCAACAGGCAAUUACAGAGGAGUAUCAAAUGAAUCCUGACCAAAGAGGCCUGUGUGUGAUUAUUGACUGUGUUGGCUAUGAUGGAGAAAUGUUGAAGCACACGUUCGAGUGUCUGGGUUUCAAGAUUAUUUUCCACUCUCUUCUGGGUCUGAAGGAAACCCAGAAGGUUUUGGAAGACCUGAGCCUGAACAGGGUCCUUCAGAGGGUCAGUUGCUUUGUCUGCUGCCUCAUCAGCAGAGGAACAAACACUCAUCUGUUGGCUACCGACUCUAACAGACUCGGCAUCAACCUGAAGGAUCUCAGGCAGCUUUUCAAUGCAACCAAGUGUCCAAAAAUCUUCUUCACCCAGCUCUACAGGAUCACAGAAUCCCCAGUAAUGCCCUCAAUGGAUGAUGAAUACCUUGAGACAGAUGCACCAGCUUGCAGACAGUUUUCAAACUCAGUGAGUGUUCCAAUGCCAGCGGACAUCCUGUGGAGUGUCUGUACAGCAGAGGUAAAACUGCUGGAAGGGUCUGGGCACCAGUCGGUUUACCUGAAUGCAUUGAACAAUGCUUUAUUGAGGGGACAUGAGAGAAAUAUGCCUUUAUUGGAUGUCAUGAAGGAGGUAAACAGAAAUGUGUUGAGUCACAAUUCUGACAGUUACCAGCUUCAGCAAUCUCACACACUACAGAAAAAACUCUACUUAUAAUGACAACUCAACACAAACCCGUCUAUACUUUUCUUUCUUUUUUCUCACAAACGCUAGUAAAAAUGUUUUAGUCUGUAAACAAAAUGCUGCUGUUAGAGGAAAAUUUUGCAUAGCUACACACUGCCAUUAAUGCUGUAUUAUUCAUGUAUGUUUUGUUAUACAUUUAUAAAUUAAUAUUUAUUUGUCACUUGUGGCAGCUAAUACAAAAAUGUUCUCAAUUGCAGUCAGUACUAUUGUCCUGAAUACCCCAAGUCAUUAGUCUAGAUAUCAAGUUUAUUGCUUGUUAAAUGUUAAUCAGCAGCUUUACACGCGCACACUCAUACAAAUUACAUUUGGAUGCUCCAAAGCAGAAAAGCAAAGGCGACUGGCAGCGAAAACACUACAUUGAGCUGUGCCAAUGAAGAAUCAUCUUAAUCUAUCAUUAAAAUGGAUAUUACACAUUUGUUUUCACUGAACACAACUUAUAUUCCAUUUUACAUAUAAAACUCUAUAAUCACUUUACCGAUAAGUAUUGUCCAACAAUUUUAUCUUUGUCAAUGCAAGUACGAGUACAUAUUUGUUUUGUAACUAGCAUUAUAGACAAUUUAGUACCAAUUAAUCAAUGCACUUUCAAAGCCCUAAAUUAUUUAGACCCUUUUCUUAAAUGAUCCAUGAAUGCUUAAAUCAUUUAGGCAUUGAUUUUAAAAGUAGUGAUGAAAUUACAGUUUCUUAGACCAGGGGGUGCCUAAACUCGAUCACGGAGGGCUGGUGUCCAGCAGAUUUUAGCUUCAACCCCAGUUAAAAACAGCUAAUCAAGCUUUAUCUAGGUCUACUAGAAACUUCCAGGUAGGUAUGUUGAGGCAAGUUGGAGCUAAACUAUGCAGGACACCGGCCCUCCAGGACCGAGUUUGGGCACCCCUGUCUUAGACUUUGUUUUCAGAAGAACCAGAUGAAUUACAAUUACAUAGAUUUUUUUUUAUUUGAAGGUUAGUAUAUAUGUUUAUCAAUAUCUAAAAAAAAUAUCUAAAUAUUUUUGUACACUACUAUCGGAAACCUAAUGAUUGAUAGUCAUUUUGACUAGAAUGUCAUUGAAGGUCAAGGAAGAUGUGUAUUAGCAGAUUAAUAUAGAAAUGGAAUUACAAUUACAUAGAUUUUUUCUUUUUCUUUAAACGUUACUAUACAUGUAUAAUUGUCUGUAACUAUCACAUUAUUGUACUUCAUAACCUCCUUUUUAUAUUAUUAGAGUAUUAGAGUCCUAACAAUUAAUAGUCAGGUCGGCAGGAAUGUCAUUGAAGGAUCAGGAAGAUGUGUAUUAGCAGACUAAUAAGCUUUAUGAAUGAAUUGAACGUGUGGACAGCCAACAGUGUAACACUCCUGUUUUUUUAUUAUUAUUAAAAGUUACAUAAAUGCACAAAUAAA